ACAUCAUGGACCAAAGGUUAAUUUUAGUGGCAAUGAUACUCUUGAUUCUUCCGUCCAUUGUAGCAUGGGAUCCCUGGGUCAAAGCAAAUCUCCGUCCUGUAUGUUUUAGCACAAGGGAUAGCAAGUAUGGCAGUUUCAACGUCCCUACCAGUGGCAAGAUAGUCGCUGUAAAAUUGAUCCACCUCAGUGGUUACGUGAGUUGCGCUAUAAGCACGAUUUCCCACUGGUCUUUCUGGGGCUGUGGUAACCAUGGUUUAAUAAAAAAUCACGUCAGUCUUGCCAUCACAACAUCAAGCAAUGCCCUCCUUAUGCCGCCAAACCCGUUUUUCACGUUCUCUGGAGGUGCUGGAAAGUGGUCCGAGUUACCGGAAUAUAACUCGUUUUCUCCUGAGAUCAUCCUGCCGCGUUUUUCUCCUUACUCGGUGAGCUCGGGCCAAGAAUUGCGACUUUGGUAUGGUGAGGAUUUGGUGGACUACGCUGAAACCGACAAUGGAGGAUUAGUCUGCUGUAAUGUUUAUGUUCUGUACGUCUGAUAACAGUCCUAGCAAGUUUCAGUUUCAAGUUUCAGGCAGAUUUUCUGUAAUGAUUCUUUUUUUUUUUUUCGCUUUCUAGCUGCAGACUGAAUUAAGGGUUCAAUUAAUUCUAGUAACAUUUAGUAUUAAAGAUAUUGCUUUACGUCGUUGGAGGAAAAGGAAAAAUGGAUAUAAGAAAUACAGAAAGCUAUAAAACUAAUAUCUUUGAACUGUGAUUAAAUGGUACACCACAGAGCACAUAAAAAGGGAUUUUGCUUUGAUUUGGGCAGUU